CGCCUUUUCAGACUUACAUGUCGAACAAGAACGUAAUGCCACCAGAGAUGCACGUCAAUCACAAUGGAACCGCCUUGCAGGAGGGGCUUGUUUUUCUGGGAAUCAAUGGACGGCCAAGUAGUGGUCAGAAUUGGCCCACCAUUUUCGAAUUCACAAAUGACCGUAUGGGCUCCCUCGUGUGGACCGGAGACUAUCCCGAGGCUUUUGAGUUCAAGGUGCAGACAUACAAGGGCGAACCUGUCUUGACGUUAUGGUCUGGAGAGCUCCUAGACGGGUAUGGGCACGGGUCGUUCUACAUCCUCAACCAGAGUUACGGCGAGAUUGCGCAUUUCCAUGCAAACGGCUUUGGUGAAAACAUGGCCGAUUUCCACGAGUUUGAAAUUACAAACGACGACCAUGCGCUGGUAAUCAUCUAUCACGGAAUUCCAUGGGACCUAACGCCGUCCGGAGGUGUUGCGGACGGUUGGCUUUUCGAAAACACGUUCCAGGAGAUUGACAUCGAGACUGGCGAGCUAGUCUUUGAAUGGAACGCUAGCGCCCAUGUUGGAAUCAACGAGUCGUACAACUCUCUACCAUCUGAUAUCGGUCAGUCAGAGGAGACGCCGUGGGACUACUUUCAUAUCAACUCAAUUGAAAAGGACGGCAACGGCGACUAUCUUGUCUCUGCACGCGUAACGGACUGCAUCUACAAAAUCUCGGGAGAUGAUGGGAGAAUCAUUUGGCGUCUUCAUGGACGCCAGUCGGACUUUGAUGUCGAACUAGCUGCCCAAUUCGCUUUCCAGCAUGAUGCGCGCUGGCUGGACGAAGAUCAAACGCGCAUGACACUGUUUGACAACGGACCCAACGGUCGGACCAACUACUCACGUGGUCUCCUUCUUGAUGUCAAUCAAGAUGACAUGACCGUCAAAAUCAUCACCGAGUUCACCAACCAAGCCAAAACAUUUGCUCGCUACGAGGGCAGUUUACAAGCUAUCGACCCAUCCAACGAAACCACCAAUUAUAUGCUUGGUCUUGGUAAUGAGCCCUUCUUUGCUGAGCUAGAUCACCAAGGAAACAUUCUGCUCGACGUUCAAUUCGGCAGGUCCAACGUGGUAAACGCUUACCGCACGUACCGCCAGCAGUGGGAGGGCAAGCCAACCACCAAGCCCGAUAUACACUGGGCUCGAGAUCGAAGCUUGGCAUAUUUUUCUUGGAAUGGCGCCACCGAGGUCGAGAGCUGGGUAGUCUGUACGGCGAAUGCAAGCGACUCUACAACCUGGACGAAUGUUACCGUUGCGCGAAGGACGGGCUUUGAGACGGCAAUCUACCUGGUGGAUGUGCAGCUAGAGGACUACGUGCGUGGAAAGGCCGUCAGUCAAGAUGGAACUGCACUGGGAUGGACAAGAGCAAGCAACGGAGAGGAGCUCUUUGACGCGCCGGAUGACGUUGAGGAGAACGGAGUAGUGACUAGUCCUACUUCUUCCUCUCCUUCUCCUUCUCGUACCAGCACUUCAUCGCCUUCGAGCACCGAGGAUGGGCCGUCAAGUUCGACGAGCGAUGCUGCUGCCAGGGCCACGCACGGUGUCAUGCAGCAGGCUUGUAUUGCUGCUGUCGUAGUCGCGGGACUGGCGCUCUGGUAA